UUCGGGGUAAAGUGUUGUGGUUUUGGUGUUACAUUUAACAUGAUUAACACCGCCUGUUGUUAAAACACUAUAUAGUACAGGGUUGGAUCAUGGUGUUAAACAUAUUUAACGACGGAUAGUGUGUUCUCUCAAUCCGGGUACUUUUACGUGAUGUGCGUGAAAUUAUUUAGAUCUCCGCCAUCUUUUUGAUGCAACCAUCAGUCUUGAGAGACCGCAGUCCGUGACGCAUGUUCUCCGUCAAGUCUCCGUCUAACGGAAGCAGUCCGUCUUGCAGCAAGUGUGAUCGCUUGGCCUCGCCCUCGACAGACUGCAGUCAGUGAGUGACGCACUAUCUCAGUGUCACCUAAGCAGCCAUCAGUCCCCGCAGGUUUCGACCGUGUGGUCUCAACAGACCGCGUGACUCACGUGUUCUUCUGCUCCGUGCGGAAGCAGCCAUCUUGUGUGGCCUCGACAACGACUGCAUGCAGGCUCUUGCUCUUCUCUUCAGCUGAAGAUGAUAGUCAAAGUGCAAUACCGAAACCAAAAGAAGUACAUCAAAAUUCCAGAAGCUUGUUUUGGCAUCUUCAUCACUGAAGUAAAAGAGAGGUUUUCCAUCCCUGUGGACAACAUCUUAUCAGUGGAGGAUGACACUGGCACAGAAGUGGACGACUACGCAUUUCCAGAUCUACUGACUACCAGUGGAAUAUGCUUUGUCAUCAAAGAUGAACUGAAUGACAGUGGUGAGCCAUCCUCAUCCUCCGCUUCAGGCACAGAUACUCUUUCAGUCACUUCGAAAAGCAGCAGUGAGAACGAUUUCUACAGUGGCACUCUGAAACGCUUCAGAAAAGAGGAGGAGGCUUUGCAGGGUCCACAAGCCAAAAAUCUGAUAAAACAGGUUCUGCUGACCAAACCAGGAGGAAGUGAUGUGCUGAAGGAGUAUGAGGAAAAAGGAACAAUUAGUCCUGCCACAAGAAAAGUGAUGGUGAACAUUCUAGUUGCAGACAUGGUGCAGAGUGAGGGGAGAAUCCCUCAGCGACUGACCAAAGAGAAGUAUGCACUGGGGAUUGUUACCCUGUUUCCCUCGCUCCAAGAUCCACAUGGGAAGACAGGAUAUGUGAGUUAUUCUUGAUUAUGAUCAAAGUAGACUGUUUUAGAUGGCUUACAUGGUUCCUUGAAUGCUGUGGGAUUUAUACUGUAGGGUAGUUUAAUUCAUUUGGGCGGCUGUGGCUCAGGAGGUAGAGCGGAUAGUCCAAUGACUGCGAGGUUGGUGGUUCAAAUCCCGGCUCCUCCUGUCCACAUGUCAAAGUGUCCUUAGGCAAGUGUAAGACACAGAACCCCGAUUUGCUCCCAAUGAGCA